ACCUGCCGCUGUAUUUCACCCAUGUAUUGUAGAAUAUACCAGGUGUGUAUUAUGACUUUAUAUUACGCGUAUUCCUCUGUGAACUUCUUAGCUGAAGAGUACUGUAUGAUUUCCCUAUCUGAAUAGCUCUAGCCUUAUAUUGGCUCUCCCUGUUUCUGAUUGGACAACCAUUUCUGUCAUUCUGUCCUGCCCUUUAAUCUGAUUGGUCUAGAGUUGACGAGUAAUGGGACAGGUCCAGUUGUGACUGUGUAAGCAGAGACCAGCAGAGGUGCAGAGGUGUUGUCAAUCUGACAGGUCCCGGCACUGAGUGAGUGACUGAGUGAGUGCAGCGUUCAGGGCUCUCAGGUAACGUCACUCUGACUGGUAUCAGCUCCACACCAUGGCUAGAGUUCUCUAACAAAAUGAAGGACCAGUACCACCCAGCCAAUGAAGACCAAGCUGAGGUCCAUUCUGGUCAUUCAAGUCCAACAAAGCCUUUCAGAACGCAAAAUGAACUUCACAAAGAACUGCUCCUGGCCCAUAAGAGGGGUGUGGCACUGAGCCACAGAUCUGAACUUCAGCAGGUGCUGGAGAGAAGAAAGAGGGUUCAGAGUGACCAGGAGGAGGAGCAACAGAGCAAGACUCCUCUGGACGACGUUCUGCUGAGACGUCAGCAGAAACAACACGAGAGAGAGAAGAAAGAUGAGGAAAAAGAACAAGAGGAAGCCCAUCUGAUGGAGUUUGUUAGAGUAAGACAGAACCUUAGAAAGAUUCACUCAGUGAUUCAGAACAAAAGUGGAAAUGUCUGAGGCUCCGGAGGACUGCAGCGUUAACCUAUAAACUGUGGUUGGACCCAACGGCCACAGAUGUCAAACUGUUCCUAACAUGCAAGAACCACAUUCUAUGUCAAUAAACAUUACUGACAUAUCUUUAGACGCACCCUCAGUAUUCUUGGGAAAACCAUUUGUUUUUAUAU